AUGGAAGCGGAUGAUAGGAAACCUACUCUUGUGGCUUCGACGAAUGAUACCUAUUCCUGUUCUAUAUCAAUAUCGCAUUCGCGCGAGAAGGAAUUGAGGAAAAAUGAUGCGGCGCAAGAGGGAACAGAAUGUGUGGAAGAUGAAGAUUUGAAGAAAGGCGAAGAUCAGUGGACCAGAGAUGAAGAUUUGGAAGUUAAUUAUUUCAAAAGUGCACAAUGGACACCCGACGGCACAACCCUCCUGACUUCCUCCGCCGAUAAUCAAAUCCGUACAUUCAUCCUCCCGCCCACGCUUCUCGACGAUCCCUCUACUCCACUAUCCCUCACUCCCUACACAACACACACGUUUCCUACCCCCGUGAACUGCAUUGCUCCUUACCCACACUACACGCUCUCAGACCCCAGCACGACCCUCUACCUCAGCUGUCCCAAUUCUCUCCCAAUCCGCCUCUCAAACAUUCUAUCUCCAACCGCCACCCCCCAAGCAAGCUACAAUCUCAUCUGUCCAACUACCGAAAAAUACCUCACUCCCGCAUCUAUUCUCUGGAGUUCUCCCGGAACCCAUUUUCUAACCGGAACAGAAUGUCUCAUAUCCCACUUCGACAUAUCUCGUCCCGGCUCUGGUUCUGUCACCAUACUCCCCACUAUCCCUUCCAAACGCCAUAAAAUCAAAGGAGGUGGCGUGGGAAUGCGCGGUAUCGUCAGUGCAUUGUCGUUGCAACCAUGUACUGAUCCGUCCAAUACGAGUAUUCUCGCAGCGGGCACUUGGACAAGGUGGCUUGGUCUCUAUGAUGCUUCUGGAUUAGGUGGAACUGUUGCUACAUGGGAUAUUUCCGCAGCAGCUGAUAGUGAGUCCGGGAUUGGAGGGCAAGGGCUUAGUCAGGUGGGGUGGAGUAGCUGUGGAAGGUACUUGUGGGUUGCGGAACGGAAGAGUAGAGGUGUGCUUGUAUAUGAUGUGAGGGUUACUGGAAAGCUGGUCACUUGGCUAGAGGGCAGGGAAGCAGAGACGAAUCAAAGGAUGGGAGUAGAUUCUUUCGAAGGAGAGAAGGGUAUGGAAAUUUGGACAGGGGGUACGGAUGGUGUAGUGAGGGUGUGGGAGGGAGUAGGAAGGAAGGAAGGGGGUGUUGAGUGCGAUUGGGAGUGGAAGGCUCAUGACGAUCCAAUAGGCUCAACAAUUUUACAUCCAUCUGGAACAGUCAUAACAACUUGUUCGGGUCAAAGAGCUGAAACCAAUAUCGACGUUCUUGUCGAUGAUGAUGAUACAUCAGAUGAAGAUAGCUCUGAUGAUGAAAGCGCUCCAAAUUCGCUGCAAUCACCGCCUAGGACGCCUAAAGAUACAGGCAGAACGCCAGACAACAGUUUAAAAGUAUGGAGUUUAUAACUCGAAAGCUUAUUUCAAUUAUGCUAUUCUAUUGGUGAGUAUAUCCAGCGAUUCUUGCUUGGCUCAUACAAAGCCAAUUCUCAGCGGCAAGUAAAUGUUGCGUAAAUCCAGCUAGAUAUUCGUCAGUCAUUUUAACCCUACAAUCAACUUCUCCUAAAAUGAGCCACUCUCUCAAUCUUCGGCCUUCACCAAAGUCUACUCCCAUAUCUGAUCAACAACCAUACUGACCCUUUCCAACACGCUCCUUCCCACUAGCCCACCCAAUCUCCUAAGCCUCCCUUCCAGCCCCAUCACCACGAACAGUGUCAAUCCAUACGGACCCUCCGCAUGAAUCAUCCGCAACUCCCUCUCAUACCCCUCAUCACCCAACCUGCAUCUCGGUUCCGGCUCUUUCAACUCUGCAAUCGUUGCUUGAGCCGCAUAAGCAUUCAUUCCAGCUCUUCUCAGCCAUAUCUCCCAAUAUGACUCCUGUUCCAGCAGUUCUAGAACCGGAUUCAAGAGGAUAUCUCCAGAGUGUUGGAUAAUAAGAUAGGAAAUAUAUUUCGCCAUGCUUUGAUUUCCGCUGUUGGCUUUGUCUACGGGGAUGUAAUUGACAAUAACGCUUGCGGGUAAUUUCAAUGUAAAACCGACAAAAUCAGCCCAGGCAAUGCUAUCACUAUCACUCAUGCCCGUUGCAGGGGAAGCGACAAGAAUGAUUAAAUUCUCAUACCGUGCACUAACUUUCUCCAAUCGAUCACGAAUUGGAACGGCAGUCUUAUGUCCAGGUAGUGGCUUUUGCUUGAUAUGCUGUAGAGUGGUAAGAAUAAGUCCGGUGCUUGGAGAAAUGACAAUGUCAGCUUCGUGAGUAAGAGUUGAAGUUAUAGAAGAGAGAAUCACGGAACCCGGAUUCCAAGUCGUAGUGUUGUGAGCGGAGAAAUCGCGCUCGCAGAUCUUGAGAGUUGGAAUCAGGGCUUCGAGGGAGCGGAGAAGAGGACGGUCUUUGACGAUCGUGGAAGAUAGAAUUAUAGAGAUGGGGGCUGCCGGAGCAUUUAUUAUGGGCGUUGGGAGGGGCGAACGAGAGGCCUCAGGCUGCUGAAAUUGAGAUUCGUUGUCUAGGGUUAUUUUAUCCGAUGGUAAGGGUGCUGGUAAAUCAGAAACUGAGAAAUGAGAACUUUCAA